ACUGAGGCCACUCCCAUAGUAAUUGGGCAACAACAUGUCAGCGUCGUCGAUCCACCGGUUCCAAUCCUCCGACUGCCCAAAGAUGUCAAACUAAUCUUAUGCAUUGCUGGAGCCAGUCUGCUGGAGCGCCUUCCACUAAGCUUGGCACGCUGUCCACUUACUGCUCUCUGGCUAUCCCAAAAUCAAUCUCAACCGGUGGUUACACUCCAGCGCGAUGUGGAUGAGGUAACCAACGAAGAAUUCCUCACCUGCUAUCUGUUGCCCCAAGAUCAGUUGGAAUCUCAGGCUGAGUUGGAUCCCACUAUGUCACCAUCCGAACUAGCCAGUCUGACUGGGGGUCCUACUACUGUCGGGCCAAUGAAUCUGAACGAUCCAGAUGCGAUUGCCGUAGAAACGAACUAUGCUUACGAGCCGGCUAUGCCAGACACUCAACCCCAACCACAUCCCGCCAUUUCCAAUUGGCCAGCUAUAACGGAAGCAAAAUGUGCGCGACCAGAAAGUGUUACCUCUUCCACACCGAGCAGUAUGAUUCUUUCCCCACCCGUUAGUCCAAAUGGAAUGCACUCGUCUACCGGUGACCGUGUAGGUUCACCCGCUGGUCAACAACGCAGUUCGUUCUCCCCUCGGUCUUCGUUAACCAAUCCGGCAGGAGAGUGGGACUCCGGCUCAUCUCGCGUUCACUUUAACACGACAGCAAAACAGGACGAGUCAAAAGAAAAGUCUUCGAUCAAGGGCUUCCCCAAAACACGUCACCCCCGAUUUGCCAAGAAACCCACAGAUUACCAACCGAACAGUCGAGAUGAUAGCUCUUAUUCACAAUCGAACGACCCAAAUUCUCUCGAUGAGUCGCGAUCCUCCGUAACUCACAGUCCAACUGAUCCAAGGCUUUCCGUUCGUAGCCCGACCGAACCCCACAAAUUUGAAGAACAUACUAAAAACGGAAUGACACACAUUGCUCCUGGUAUGGGAACUGUUGCCUCCGCUCGUUUGGCUACAUUUGAUUCACGGCGCCCGUCAGACGGUUUGCACGAAUCAUCUCCACCUGCUCAGAAUCGUGUGAGUCGUCGCAACUCACCUGCUCCUACCUCGGAGGAAGAUGAUGCUCGUCUUGCUGGUUGCACAGGCCCCUCUCCCCAUGCUCCGUCAGGAUCUCCCAACGAUGCGAACAACCCGGUCAGAUCUCCGCAGUCGGUCACACCAAGUGCAAAGCCUCGCAAGAAAGCUUUUCACUUGUAUACCACUCCCAGCCUGGUCGUUCCAACCGCUUCACCCACGGCUAUGGAUCGGAACACAGUGUCAUCCAAAAGCCCCAGUCCACGACUCGUUUCCUCACAUGACCCGUCCUAUUCCGAACCCAAAGUAGCUUCACAGAAAAUCUCUGAUGGAGAGGAGUCACAGAAUCGCUUAGACGUCAACCCCAACAUGGACGAAGAUGCAUAUAGUAGUGGCGGGGUGAGUUUUCCUGUCUUACGUUACGUGUCUGGUUGA